GGAUAAUUGACUUACUAGCUUCUAGGAUUUGUACCGCUGCAGACAUGGAAGAGGAGAAUCAGCGCUCACCAGUCAGGGAGGGUUCUGCACAUAGUGGUGAGAAGCCAGCCAGUGAACCUUCCCUCGAUUCGGAUUGGGACCAAUCAGGAACCCUCUGUAUUGGCCACGUUAUCAUUUUGAAAGCUUUGCAGCAGGCUGUGGGCAGUGGCUUAGCAGGGGAACUGAAAGAUCCGGCUAGUGAGAAAGAUGCAGAAUGCAAGUGCACAAGUCAAAAUAAAUGGUGUUGGAAUUCUAGAACUGAAGGUUUUGGAGGAAACUGGCUGGGAGCUGGGGACUCUGCCUUGGCCUAUGAUAGAAAUGGUCCAAUGGGUGAGGUUUUACAGACUCCUUCCUCUGGUAUAAUGCCUGGCUUGGCUGGAAUAUUGAAUUAUCUAGACUGGCCAUAUCAUAUGCCCCAAGAAGUCGAGAGCUCCAUAGAUGCCCAGGCGGUUUAUGGAGAUGAAGAUAUAGAAGAAGUGGAGCUGGUGGCUGAAGUGCGACUGGAGGACAUUGGUGCUCUCUCAGGCAUCUCCAGAAGAAACCUGUCCUGGAGGAGGCAAAAGGCUGCUUGCCUUGGAUCAUCUUCCCCCUGCUGGAGAGGAAGCAGAACCUCCCAAAUUGGUCACUCCUCUGUUUCAGAGCAACCCUAUGUUCUAGACCCACAUAGAAUUCUCCCUGUGCAUAGAACAGACAGGGCUACUUGGACUUCUGAUUUAGAAAGAAGCGAGGUUUUGCAGUCCCCUAAAGCAGACAGGACUUCUUCACCCUGUUUGGCCAUGACUUUGGGAAUUGGCAUGGGAGUUUCCACUGGGGGACAACAACGUCCACAAAGUGCUGCUGGUCGAGAGUCUGAAUCUCAGCAACGGUCCCAGCCACCACCUGGUAGCUCCCUGGAUAAGGCUGAUUCCAGCACCUCUUCUUCAUCCUCUUGCUCUUCAUCCUCUUCUUCCAUGUCCUGCCAUCAAGGACUGCCUGGUGAAGAUGGUGGUUCCUCAAAUCCGUGCCCCCCCAUUCACUCCCCAGACUUAGAUAUUUAUGAUCCUUUCCACCCUACGGAUGAAGAUAAUCUCAAUGGUGAUUUUGGCUUUGGGGAUUCUCCCCAUAAAGAAGCAGAGGGUGGGCGGCACGACCAGAAAUACGAUCCCUUUGAUCCCACAGGCUCCAACCCCAGCUCCUCUAUUAGUACCCCUUCACCGGAGGAGGAAGAGGAGGAGGAGGAGGAGGAGGAUGUAGAUGAUGACCAUGACCAGCAGCCGCCAGAUAUGUCACAUAGCAUCAGCCGCAUUUCAGAAACAUUGGCUGGAAUCUAUGAUGAAAACAGCUUGAGCCAAGAUUUCCCAAGCUCAGAGAAAGGACAAGAAGAUUCAGAACCAGAAACAGAACCUAGCAGAGGCUAUGAGACUGAGGCAACGUGCCCUACUGAGACUUCUGAGGGCAAAGGGCUUCCUGGUGCUGAUUCCACCCUGCCUGAGGAGCUACCCUCAGAUCAGGGAGACUCUAAAGCUCCAGAACCAUGCCGCCGAGUAUUUGUUGUGGACUUGGCUCCCAAAGGGCGUCUGGAUGCUGAAGCCAAGACCCCACUGGAAGGGAAAGUCUCCUUAGAGGUAGUGACCGUUGGAAAUGCUAAGCUGAGAGGUGGAGAGAAAAUGUCAAAAGGAGGUGGACAUCCUCGGGCUGGGCGCAGAUCAUCAGUGGAAUGGGAUGGAAGUGGUGGCGGUGAAUCAGAAAUCGAAGAAGGUGAGAUUGUCCAGCCGGAGGACGAGCGGUAUAGUCCCAUUCGAUUGUUUCGAAGUAGAUGCCGGCCAGCUGAGCCACGAACUCUCCGGGUAGUGGAAGGAGAUGAUUUUCUAUCACUGCAUGCAGACUCUGAUGAGGAGGGAGCUUUACAGAUUGAUUUUAAUGAAAACCAGCCAGAUCCUCGUUGGAAAGGUGUGGAUUUGAGACGGAAAAUCCUAACCCAGCGGCGAGAACGCUAUCAAGCCCCAUCACCUCUGCCUCCUCCACCACCUCCACCUGCCCCCAAACGCCCUGCCUCCAAAGCUCACUCUGGUUCCAGUUCUGGUUCAUGUAAAAAAUCAAAAAGAGAACGCAAAAGAUCAAGAGAAUGCAAGGCAUCGAAAACCAAGGAGACAUAUGGCUCUUCCUGGAACCCAAAGAAGAAAUCAAAAUCGCGCUCAAAAUCCAAAGAGCGUCGACAUUCACACCACAGGACCUCGAGGUCCCGCUCACAUCACCGAACGUCUCGCUCCUGGUCCCCUUCAAUUAGCACCAGCCUGUCUGCUGUUGGAUCUUCACAUACUUCAGCUGAGCGGCACAAAAGCAGACGAUCUAAGUCAAAGGAGAAACGCCGUGGCCAUCGUUCUCGGUCACGUAGCAGCAGCCGUGCUCACCGCAGUAGGCACAAAGACAAACAUCGUGGGGAAGGUGGCAGAAAGAAGAAGAAGCGCUCUCAGUCUCGCUCACGCGAGAAGCAUCUCUCCCAUCGGUUAUCUAAAGACAAAGAGCGAGAGGUCCACCUUCUGGAGGAACCCAAGCCUGAAAAGGCCUUGAUAGAACGACGGAGAGAUGCAAGAACUGUGGUGCCACCUUCAAUCCAAGAUCUCAAUGACAAUGAUCUCUUCACUAUCAAAAGGACCAUUACUGUCAACCAGCAGGAGAAAAUGGAGACACUUUUGGAGACACCAGAGAGUGCUAAGAGAGAGGUGCUUUAUGAUUCUGAGGGCAUGAGCUUUGAUGCUUGCUUUUCAGAUCGUGAGCCUGCUGAAGAAUCCAAAUCUAAUGCAAUGCGGCUAAAUCCUAAGGAGGAUGCAAUUCCAUCACGUAAAGAUAAAAGGCCUGAGGAGGACACCAAACAAAAGAUAUGCAAGGAAAAGGAACGCAAAAGACCCUAUCUAGAGGACCGCCCAGCUGCUCGAGAGAAAUACAAAAAAAAGCUGAAGGAGGGGCCUCCUAGUUCUGAGCAGCAAGAAUUACCCAAGAUAGAAAAAAAACCCAGAGCUGACAGAGACAAAACAGGGAAAAAGAUCAAAGCUGGAAGUCACAAAGAGAGUAGCAAGCUGGGAUCAGGUCGGAAAGUGAAGCUCCAGUCCAAGGUAGCUGUAUUGAUCCGGGAAGGGGUGAGUAGCACAACAUCAGUGAAAGAAAUGGGUUCUAUUGGUGUAAAGUUCAGCAGAGACAAAGAGAGCCGCUCACCAUUCCUCAAAUCAGAGGAGAAGGUGUUAAUGGUUGGGGCACCAGCAGCAGGCCAAGGUGAAAUGACUGAUGUCAAAGAACAAGGCUUCAAGCCCAAAAAAGUCAAAGGGCUAAAAGCCAAAAUGGGGGUGAAGAAACUGAAGGGCAUCAAGCCAAAGGGUGCCUCAGAGCCCAAGAAAAAGAAGAAGCUCAAAGUGAAGACUGGGCUGAAGAAAUCCAAAGCAGAUAGCUGCAGUCAGGGUGCAAUCAGCCCUUUGAGGGUGAAGGAGGAGCCUUCGUGGUCUGGUUCGGAAAAAUCGGGAGGCACAGCCAAGCCACCAAGUCCUCAGCCAUUGGCCCCAGGCCAGGAACUCACACCUGAUUCCCAGACAGUGGACAGCAGCUGUAAGACACCUGAUGUCUCUUUCCUUCCCGAGGAUCCUCCUGUUGAGCAGCCCAGGGUGCCAGCUGAUGAGCCAGAAGCAGACAGUUUGUCUGAACCCAAAGAGGAACAGCCACUGCAGCAGCCACCCCAUCCUCCCCGUAGUUUGCCCCAACCCCCUGCUCCUAUGUCAUGGAAUCUGCAGGGGGGAGUAGACUGCACUAGUGGUGUAUUGGCAUUGACUGCCCUGCUCUUCAAGAUGGAAGAGGCCAAUCUUGCAAGCCGGGCAAAAGCCCAGGAACUCAUUCAAGCAACCAAUCAGAUCUUGACCCACACCAAGCCCUCAGCUUCCUUAGCUCCUCCUCAGCCACCGGCACCACCCACUCAUCCGCCUGCGUCACACCUAGCUGUCCCACCCAUUUCCUACCAUUUGCAAGGAUCAAUGCCUCUAGGAGGUUGUGGUUCAACUCCUAGCACCCCUACAGGGGGAUUGCCAGGAACGUUGAGCCAGGCUUCAGCAGGUCCUCCUUCUGCUGGCAUUUUUGCUUCUUCCUCUGGCACCGAUUUGGGCAGCACCAGUUCUGAAGGGCGCGGAGACAGCGAUAAGUAUCUGAAAAAACUUCACACCCAAGAGCGAGCAGUGGAGGAAGUCAAGCUAGCCAUCAAGCCCUAUUACCAGAAAAAGGAGAUCACCAAGGAAGAAUACAAGGACAUCCUGCGCAAAGCUGUCCACAAGAUCUGCCACAGCAAGAGUGGUGAAAUCAACCCUGUCAAGGUGAAUAACUUAGUGAAGGCCUAUGUCCAGAGGUACAAGUACUUUCGAAAACAUGGACGGAAGAUGGAUGAAGAGCAAAGGCCUCCCAAGGAAAUGGGGGGACCGGACAAAUCUGGCUUGCCCAUGCCCCCGCUCUGAUCUCCUCUGAAGAAAAAAAAAAUCACAGCAGCCCUUCUUUAUGCAAAUUGGCUUGGCUGAGCUCCCCAGCCCUUUCCCUGUCACUGUGUGGGGAAAGUGGAAAGGGAGUUGGAGCGAUACAUUUUGUUUUGGAGGGGUGGCAUUUGUAGAGUACAGUUCUUGUGCAUCUGCUACCUGCCCUGGAAAUCUUUCCCUUGCCUUUCCUAAAUACUUUCACAGAUUUGGCCACAAGAUUGACUUGUGUUUUGCUCUGUAAAUACCGAUGGCAGAGAAUGGGGCUAAUUUUAAGUUUCAUCACUCUCAAGCACCCAUGAUAUCUAUGGGUGGAUGUUAUUCCUCUGACACGCCUAGUUUUUACUCAUUUAGCAUGUUUUUGAUUUGAUGGUGUUAUCUUUGCCCUCUCUCGUCAAUGGUCAUGAAAUGGCAGCACCAUGGUUGACGUACAGAUGGCAGUUUCCUGUCAUCCUGGACAGGCAAACACCCCUUAUUUUCUGCUUCCAAUUGUAAGUUUGUCUGUCAUACUCUUUCCCACCCUGUUUAUCUUCAUAAAACUGCAUUUAGCCAUCUAAACUGGG